AAUGCAACGACUCACCCCUUUUGGAUGCUGCCAUCUCGCAGCAACUGUCCCGACUCCAAAACUCGACUAGCCUCCACAUGUGCUAACUGCUAACACCGCGUCGUCAUUUUGCCUGCCUGAUACUUUGCCAUUAAAGAAACUUUUACCUCUUGUCUCUUUUCUGGCUCUCUCUCCUCAUUUCAAAGAAAGUUGCUGGAUCUUUUUUGCCUUUGAUAUAUAUUUUUCUUCUUUUUUCUCUUUCGGGUUCCAAAGGCAUCGUGACUAUGAUGUGGGGUUCUCCACCAAUACCUGCACAAACGCGGGUGGCCACCAUGGCAGAAAAAUGUGAGAGUCUCAGCAGGGUUUUGGCUUGUAAAACUGGUGGAGGUGGUGGUGGGACUGGUGCUGGGUUUCCAUCGUUUCUUCCUAAGGAGGUUGAGAAAAUCAAAGACCCUUUUGCCAGAACUUUGGCUCAGAGAAUAGAGAGGCUUCCUGUACAGAUUGGAAUCUCUGAAAGUUGCAUAAUGAGUAGCUGCGUGAAACCGAUUAUUCAAAGGGAGACCAAUCCAAUGGUUCUCCUACAUUGCUUUGACAGUUCUUGUUUAGAAUGGAGGUGCACAUACCCCUUGCUUGAAGAGGCUGGUCUGGAGGUUUGGGCCAUCGAUGUUCUUGGAUGGGGCUUCUCUGAUUUAGAAAGGCUUCCACCAUGCAACGCGGCAUCCAAGCGUCACCACCUCUAUCAGCUUUGGAAGUCCUACAUCAAAAGGCCAAUGAUAUUAGUUGGACCAAGCCUUGGUGCCGCUGUUGCAGUUGACUUUGCCGUCAAUUAUCCAGAAGCUGUUGAAAAACUGGUUUUGAUUAAUGCAAGUGUGUAUGGAGAAGGUACAGGAGACCUAGCUAAGCUACCUACAAUAGUAGCACAGGGUUUGGUUUCUUUAUUGAAAAGCAUCCCACUACGCCUUUAUGCAAAUAUACUUGCCUUCAAUGGAAUUUCAUUAGCCACAAGCUUAGAUUGGACCAAUGUUGGCCGCUUACACUGUCUACUUCCUUGGUGGAAAGAUGCAACCAUUAAUUUUAUAUUCAGCGGGGGAUACAAUGUUAUAUCCCAAAUAAAACAGGUAAAGCAGAAAGCACUUAUCAUUUGUGGUGAGCGUGAUCAGAUAAUUGGCUACAAGCAAGCAGUGAGGCUGCACUGUGAACUUCAGGAUGCAAUUUUACGGAAAGUACCUGAUUGUGGGCAUCUCCCUCACGUCCAGAAACCCAGGUAUGUCGCAAAGUUGAUUGCAGACUUUGCUCGAGGUGAUUGCCACUAAGAGGUCGAAAUCAGACCUAGCUGGAACUGGUCCCUGCUGAAGAAAAGGCCUGCUGUUUUAUCCUAUACUCUAGUAUGUAAUUGGGGUUGUAUGGUAUUGUGUCAAUUGUAUCACACAUCACUAAAGCUAACUGUAUAUUGUGUGAAAAUACCUACUGUUAAUGUUGCAAUCACAACUCUACCCUACAAAAACAAAAUUAGCCUCUGAACCCAUGCAGUUAUCCUUCUCAGGCGCCAUUGCACUCAUCACAGACUCGUGGUUAAGUUGUUGGUCUGAGUUGCCGGGUGAUUAUUUUUCUUUCUUUGAAACAUUAUAAGUUUAUAAAUCUUCAUCCUAUUGUCAAACCUA